CAGACGCGGGGACUCCAUCCUCACAGCCAACUUCUCCCUGCAGCUCCGUGGAGAAGUCACCUACCUAUUUGGAGUCCGGAUACAGUUGCCCCAAGGCUGGCUGAGCGGCUGGCUACCUGCCUGGCGACCGACCUCCAUGUCUCAGCUGAAGAAUGUGGAAGCCCGGAUCCUCCAGUGUCUCCAGAAUAAGUUCCUGGCCCGGUACGUGUCCCUUCCGAACCAGAACAAGAUCUGGACGGUGACCCUGAGCCCCGAGCGGCAGGAACGCACGCCCCUGGUGCUGGUGCACGGCUUCGGCGGGGGCGUGGGGCUCUGGAUCCUCAACAUGGACUCGCUGAGCGCCCGGCGCACCCUGCACACCUUCGACCUGCUCGGCUUCGGCCGCAGCUCGCGGCCCCCCUUCCCCCGCGACGCGGAGGGGGCCGAGGACGAGUUCGUCUCCUCCAUAGAGUCCUGGCGCGAGGCCAUGGGGAUCCCCAACAUGAUCCUCUUGGGCCACAGCUUGGGGGGCUUCCUGGCCACUUCCUAUUCCAUCAAGUACCCCGACAGAGUCAAGCACCUCAUCCUAGUGGACCCAUGGGGGUUCCCUCUCCGGCCAACAGACCCCAGUGAGAUCCGGGGGCCGCCAACUUGGGUCAAAGCCGUGGUCUCCGUCCUGGGCCGUUCCAACCCAUUGGCGGUCCUGAGGGUAGCAGGGCCCUGGGGCCCGGGACUGGUGCAGCGAUUCCGACCUGACUUUAAGCGCAAGUUCGCCGACUUCUUCGAUGAUGACACGAUAUCGGAGUACAUUUACCACUGCAACGCCCAAAAUCCCAGCGGAGAGACGGCAUUCAAAGCCAUGAUGGAGUCGUUCGGCUGGGCGCGGCGUCCCAUGCUGGAACGGAUCCACUUGAUCCGGAAGGACGUUCCCAUCACCAUGAUCUACGGGUCCAACACCUGGAUCGACACGAGCACCGGCCAGAAGGUGAAGCUGCAGCGGCCGGACUCCUACGUGCGUGAUGUGGCCAUCGAUGGGGCCUCUCACCACGUCUACGCCGACCAGCCUCACGUCUUCAACACGGUGGUGGAUGAGAUCUGCGAGUCAGUGGACUGACCGUCCGGCUCAGAGGAAGGAGAAAGGAGAGCACCGACUCGGCCUUCGCUUCCCUCUCUGCUUCCCUCUCUCCCUCUAGUCCUCACUCUCACCAACUAACACAUGGCCCCCAGCCCGGCCCCGCAAGGCCAGCGCGGGGCUGGCCAAGACCCCGCGGGCGCCGGGCACGCCCCAAGAGGGUCGGGUAUCGGGGCUGCCCGGCCGAACGGGGCCCGGGGACCGGGGUGGGGGGGCUGGAGGCGCUCUCCGGCGCUGGGGAAAGUCCCUCCCUGCCCGGGAUCCAAGGAAUAUGGCCUCAGGAGCCCAGGACGUCUGCUGGCCAUCUUGCUUUCUCCUCAGGGGGAGGAGAGGAGGCAGCGAUCAUUUCCCUGAACUCCUGAACCACACCGUCCCUCCGAGCUGCUGGGGAACGGGUCCCCCCAUCGUCCGUCUCCCCACCCGGGGUGGGGGGCAUUCACCCUCUCAGGAUACUGGGGCUCUAGCCAGACCCCUGCUUCCCCUUUCAGGACCACGCUCGACUCCUGCCUAUCUCUGGUCAGCACCAAGGCCCAGGCCCCCUCCCUCAGACCAACUGAUGCCCCUCUGGUGCCCCCUCGGCCAACGCUGGGCCUUUGGGAUGAGUCCGGCUCCCUUCUCCCUGACUCUUAAAAGAGACCACUCGGGUCUCGGCCAGUGCCUUGGGGCCUUGUGCCCCCCUUCCCGACUGGGAGAGCGAGGACAAACCUUGCCCCCCAACUCCACCCCCAGAGGUGACAUGGCUGUAGCAGCUCCCUUUUCCGCCCCUCCGGCCUGCCCCCCGAUCCCAGCGCAGUGGCUUCCUCUGGAACCGGGCUUGGCCCUCGUACGCCGUGGUGCUUCCUCACGCUGCUUAUCUAACCCUCUCACACCUCCUGCCCUGUUUCUCUCCCUGUCUAACCUCCUCCCCAUCCUGGGCGCCAGCCCUCGUCCCCCGGCUGCCUGCUGGGCACUCCCCUGUGGGCGUGGGCUCAGGGGGCCUGACCGGAGGGAAGGGGCCGGCUGGGGCCGUGCCCACCCAUGGGCCUAAUCUAUGUGACCUCUAUGUGCUUGUGCAAAGCCAAAACCCCUUUAUCAGUAUUCCAUCUGAGGGCUUUAUAUGGACCCAGGCCCUUUUUCUAUGUUAAUAAAGAAACCAAGGAAA